GGGGAAAAGGUGGGGAUAACCUGCCUCUGUGAUGCUCUGUUUUGAGGAAGAAGGAAAUACCUCUGAGCCUUAGAAUUCCCAGCUCAGGCUCAGUCUGAUCCCAUUGAAUACUCCUUUCCAACAGCAUCCACAUCUAUUCAAUACCACUGGGGAACAGGAGAGGAAGGAAAACUGGACUUCAUGUUUUCCUGCACUCCCUAACUUCAUCAUUAGGAUAGAUAAAUAUCUUGGCAUAAUCAUGAAGUACAUUUUUCUUUUUGUUCUCUUUGCUGGUGAAUUUUCGUUUGGUUAUACAGAUGAGCAGAGCGAUGAUCCUGCACCUUACCUAGUAUAUAUCAAAAACCAGUUUAGCCCCUGUGUAGGUGUUCUGAUCCAUCAACAGUGGGUCCUGGCAGCCGCUCACUGCUACUUACCAAGCCUCAAAGUGAAGUUGGGAAAUUUCAAGAAACGAGUUAGAGAUGGGACAGAGCAGACCAUUAAUUCUGUCCAAAUCAUUCGUUACUGGAAUUUGAGCGCAGAUUCUUCCGAGCACAACCUCAUGCUUAUCAAGCUAUCCAAACCUGCAGUCCUCAAUGAAAAGGUCCAGCCCAUGGCUCUGCCCACUAAAAGCGUCCCUGCAGGCACAAAGUGUGUUAUCUCUGGCCUAGACUGGAGCAUAAAAAAUAGUGGCAAGCACCCUGACCUUCGGCAAACCUUCAUGGCCCCUCUGCUAUCAGAUAAAGAGUGCCAGCAAACAAAAGAAGGAAAAGUCAGCAAGAACAGGAUAUGUGUGAAAUUCUUAAAGUCAUUCGAAAGAAUUUUUAUGGAAGCUGUACUGGCUACUGUCAUCUGCAAAGAUAAGAUUCAAGGGAUAGAGGUUGGGAAUUUCCUGGGAGGUAAUAUUGGUGUCUACACUAACAUCUUCCACUACAUCCCUUGGAUCCAGAAAAUCAUAUCUACAAGAUGAAUUGCCUUUGUUUUUCCCUGAGUUAUGCUGUUGCAAGGGAAAAGUUAAUGUGAUAUUUCAUUCUAUUAAAAGGAAUAUGACAUUCAAAUG